AUGGCGCCCUUCAACGAGGACGCGCCCCUUCUCGACGCGAAGGCGUCCGGCGCGGAGCGCGCAUUCAUCGGCGUCCCCGUCUCCUCAGGCGGCCGCUCGAACCACUCGCGGAUCGCGAGCGUCGCGCGCGCGGUGCUCGUGGCCGCGAUCGCGUGCACCUGCGUCGCGGCCGGCGCGAACCACGUGCUUCACAGGAUAUCGUUCGAGCCCCACGCCAACGGGAUCAAGUCCUUCCUGGGAUGGGCCCCCGACGGCCUCGACGUGCCCCUCAACCCGCCGGAGGUGACCCUCCUCGCCGCCUGCCACCUCGUCCCCGAGCGCGUGCCCGCGUUCCGCACCGCGAUCAACUCGUGGAUCAAGGCUGCGCACGACGAGAACGGGCUGAAGAGGUCCUUCGAUAAGGUGAUCCUCGUCGACUGGUCCUCCGAGGCGGACCUCUGGGGCGAGACCGCGAAAGCGUGGGGCGGCGCCGGGAUUCCAACCCCGCUCUCCUUCUACAAGGUGUACGGAACCAACGGCGAACCGCUCAAGUGGCAGCUCGCCAAGGCGGUCAACUUCGGCCUCUCCAAGGUGACCACCGACACCGUCCUCAAGGUUGACUGCGAUACCUACGUCGAGCGCGGCUUGCUCGAGCUCAACCCCCUCCAGAACCACGCCGGCGACCGCAAGAUCUUUCGGUACGGCGACUACCGCAGCGCGAAGGACGAGAACGAGAUCCACAUCAACGGGUGCAUCAUGGCGCGGAUGGACACGCUGCGCGCGGUGAACAUGUACGACGAGCGCCUGCAGCAGUACGGCUGGGACGACUCCAACCUCUACGAUCGCCUGCGCGAUAGCGGCGCGCAGGAUCUCAACAUCACCCGGCGCAACGCCGCGGGUCACACGUACAUCACGCACGUCUGGCACCCGCACAGCGAGAUGUCGCAGGAUGCGCGAGUGGGCGCGUCGUGCGUUAACCGAUGCGCCGUGAACCGCCUGGAGCGUUACAACCCCUGGAAGAACCAGCAGCGCGCGGAGUACAACGAGAUCGCCGAGGCGCCCCCCAACAUCCCGAGCAGCAUCACCUUCCACUCCUACCGCGGAGGUUCGCUGCCGUCGGUGCUGGACAUUCUCGGAAAGGAGACGGCGGAUCUACUCGCCACGUACUGCAAGAACUCGCAGUACGCUGCGGCGAAGUGCUACGGGUGGAGCGACUGGAGCGACGGUUGGGACUUCAAGGAGGAGCCCGACACGGACAAGGAUGUUCGAUGGGCGACGGAGAAGCUCAAGGCGAUGUGA